GCCAAUCGGAUGUAAGCUCAGUGGCAGGUGUUCCCUAUUUCCGGUCGUCUCCUUGGCCUUUGCACUCUGGGAAAUGUAGUCCGAUAGCAAUGGCCGGCGUGGGCGGGGCGAAGCCGCAACGCUCUCUCAGAGCAUGAUGGGUGUUGUAGUUGGGGGCUUCCCGGGAAGGUUCCGGGUAACGCCUCUGGUCCGGGGGCGGGCGGUCACAGAGCUGCUUGACUGAGAGAAAGAAUUGGUAACUGGGAGGAGGCUUUAGCAAGGCCUGAAAGGCUGCGCAACCAGUCAGGGAAGGGGGUUCGGAUUAGGGAGGGUAGCUAGGUGGCGCAUCUGAUAUGUUGCUGGGGUCGUGACCGCUCAGGGACUGAGACAGGACCUGGCAGGACCCAGUCGGGAGGCCUGGUCUUCAUCGGGCCUUAUUUCCAGCAGCCAAGCGACCGAGUAGGCCUCGCUAGUGGCUCCUUUUUGUGUAACCGCCCGAGUUUCCUGCUCCUACCAUCUUGGCCAGGAGAUGGCCUCCCCGAGUCCUUCACCGGAUCCUAAGGGGUUGCUGACAUUUGAGGAUGUGGCUGUGUUUUUUACCCAGGAGGAGUGGGAUUAUCUGGACCCAGCUCAGAGAAGCCUGUAUAAAGAUGUCAUGAUGGAGAAUUAUGGAAACCUGGUCUCACUUGAUGUUUUGAACAGAGAUAAAGAUGAAGAGCCAACUGUGAAACAAGAAAUGGAAGAAAUUGAAGAAGAAGUGGAACCUCAGGGUGUAAUAGUUAGAAGGAUCAAAAGUGAAAUUGACCAGGAUCCCAUGGGUAGAGAGACCUUUGAACUUGUUGGUAGGUUAGAUAAACAGAGAGGAAUUUUCUUAUGGGAAAUACCAAGAGAAUCUUUGACCCAGGAACAGAAAUCAUUCAGAGGAAACACUAACAUUAUCCGUAAGAGACCAAACUCAGAAGAGAAAUGCCAUAAAUGUGAAGAAUGUGGAAAGGGUUUUGUUCGCAAGGCCCAUUUUAUUCAACAUCAAAGGGUUCAUACAGGUGAGAAACCUUUUCAAUGCAAUGAAUGUGGGAAAAGUUUUAGUCGCAGUUCAUUUGUUAUUGAACAUCAGAGAAUUCACACUGGGGAAAGACCCUAUGAAUGUAAUUACUGUGGAAAAACCUUUAGUGUGAGCUCAACCCUUAUUAGACAUCAAAGGAUCCACACAGGAGAAAGACCCUAUCAGUGUAAUCAGUGUAAACAGAGCUUCAGCCAGAGAAGAAGCCUUGUUAAACAUCAAAGGAUUCACACAGGGGAGAAACCCCAUAAAUGUAGUGACUGUGGGAAAGCCUUCAGUUGGAAGUCACACCUUAUUGAGCAUCAGAGAACUCACACUGGUGAGAAACCCUAUCACUGUACCAAAUGUAAGAAAAGCUUUAGUCGAAAUUCAUUGCUUGUUGAACAUCAGAGAAUUCAUACAGGGGAAAGACCCCAUAAAUGUGGUGAAUGUGGAAAAGCCUUUAGAUUAAGUACAUACCUUAUUCAACACCAGAAGAUCCACACUGGUGAAAAGCCCUUUCUUUGUAUUGAAUGUGGAAAAAGCUUCAGUCGGAGCUCAUUCCUCAUUGAACAUCAGAGGAUCCAUACUGGUGAAAGACCUUAUCAGUGCAAAGAGUGUGGCAAAAGUUUCAGUCAACUUUGCAACCUUACUCGUCAUCAGAGAAUUCACACAGGAGACAAACCCCACAAAUGUGAGGAAUGUGGAAAAGCCUUUAGUAGAAGCUCAGGUCUUAUUCAGCAUCAGCGAAUUCACACCAGGGAGAAGACUUGUUCAUACAGUGAAACUAAGGAAAGCUUUGACCCAAAUUGCAGUCUUAUUAUACAGCAAGAGGUCUACCCUAAGGAAAAAUCUUAUAAAUGUGAUGAAUGUGGAAAAACUUUUAGUGUUAGUGCUCAUCUUGUACAACAUCAAAGAAUCCACACUGGUGAAAAGCCCUACCUAUGUACUGUUUGUGGGAAAAGCUUCAGUCGGAGCUCAUUUCUUAUCGAACAUCAGAGAAUUCACACUGGUGAGAGACCUUAUUUGUGCAGACAGUGUGGUAAAAGCUUUAGUCAACUUUGUAAUCUUAUUCGACAUCAAGGUGUUCACACAGGUAAUAAACCCCAUAAAUGUGAUGAAUGUGGGAAGGCCUUUAGCCGGAACUCAGGACUUAUUCAGCAUCAGAGAAUACACACAGGAGAGAAACCUUAUAAAU